CCUGCUGGCACGCCGCUAGUGCCGGCCCUGACACAUUCGACAAGCGACACCGUAACGGGAAGCAACGUGCAACUGGGGACCUCGAAGGACCUCUCCGCUGGUCACGAGACACACGUUUGCAACGUUUUGGCAGCGACGAUAAUUCGCGCCAGGGUGCCGGCCGGCAAGUGCUCAGAUUACCAUCGCACAUUACGUUCGUGUCUCAAAUAUCAUCGUCUGAUACAGGGAUCGUAGAAAACGAUUUCGAGGAAGGGCACCUUUGGGAAAGCAUCCAAGAGGCAGCCGAUGACAUCCCUUACGAGAUCAACGAACGUAGGCGGCGUCGUACAUCAGUGAUACAUCAGUGAUAAAGAUCCGCGACGCGGACCGUCAGAGGACAAGAGACACAAUUUUGCGCGAGCGAGUGAGAACAGUGGAUUGUGAGACGCCAACGUGGGUACCUUAGUGCGCGCUCGUACCGCGAACUCGUGGCACGCAUACGUUCGGACGCAUGUGCACCGGCACGCGGUCGGUGCGCCCGGCUUGACGGUGCAGCCCGGAAAGACGCGACACCGUCAGUGGUGAGCGGACGUUCAUGCACCGCCACGGGCUGCCGGCCGCCAACGUUUCAGUGAUAAUGAUUCAUGCGCGCUCCUAAAGAAACGUGGCAACGGGCGUACCCGCUCUGACGGAGAGACAGCCGGUCGAGUCUCCCGCGGAGACGCCAAGGGGUGACCGAGGGGGCGACGAAGGUUUCUGCAAAGAUUGGCAACGCGAAGGAGGAAGCCUGUUGCCCCAAGAGAGUCCGUACGGCCUCACCACGCGGUCCGACGAGUGGAGCAGUCUCCUGCCCAGCUCCACAAUCGUGGGUGCUGGGGGGUCGCCAUGGCUCGGACUCGGAGGGGGUGGCACCGGGGCUACCACGGGGGGCGGAAGUCCUGUCGAGCUCGAGGGUCACUGGGGACGUAAGCUGUACAGCGCGAGUGUGGCACCGCCACCCCCGCCGCCUCAUCAUCAUCCGCGAGCGCCGUUGGUUUUCGCGCCUCAAGAUAUGAGGCAGAUACUCAAGGAGGAACCUGUGCCACGUGCUUGGCCGCAGCCCGCGCUCGCCGAUAACGGGACGGUUGGCGUGGGUCGGGCGCAUUUCGAGAAACAACCGCCGAGUAAUCUGAGAAAGAGCAAUUUUUUCCAUUUCGUAAUCGCCCUUUACGAUCGACAUGGCCAACCGAUCGAGAUUGAGAGGACGUCGUUCAUGGGCUUCGUCGAGAAGGAUCAGGAGUCUGAGGGCCAAAAAACAAACAAUGGUAUUCAGUACAGUCUACAUCUACUUUAUUCCAAUGGUGUCAGGCAAGUGCAGGAUAUCUACGUUAGGCUUAUAGACUCCGCAACAAAACAAGCAAUCAUGUACGAGGGGCAAGAUAAGAAUCCGGAAAUGUGCCGUGUUCUGUUGACGCAUGAAGUCAUGUGCAGCCGAUGCUGCGAUAAGAAGAGCUGCGGCAACAGGAACGAAACGCCCAGCGAUCCUGUCAUCAUCGACCGAUUCUUCCUAAAGUUCUUUCUCAAGUGUAACCAAAACUGCCUCAAGAACGCCGGCAAUCCACGAGACAUGAGGCGCUUCCAGGUGGUCAUAUCUACGCAAGUGGGAGUGGAAGGACCAUUACUAGCGGUCUCAGACAAUAUGUUCGUCCACAACAACAGCAAGCACGGACGCAGGGCGAAACGUUUGGACCCCAGUGAUCCUGGCGAGUACAAUAGUUUAUAUCCGCCAAUACCUCUCCAAACGCCGUGCAUAAAAGCGAUAUCGCCUAACGAAGGCUGGACGUCGGGUGGAUCCACCGUCAUAAUUAUCGGUGAAAAUUUCUUCGAUGGAUUGCAAGUAGUUUUCGGUUCGAUGCUAGUUUGGAGCGAGUUUAUCACACCCCACGCAAUCAAGGUGCAGGCACCGGCGCGGCAAAUACCAGGAGUCGUCGACGUCACAUUACAUUACAAAAGCAAGCAGUUCUGUAAAGGAGCGCCCGGUAGAUUUGUUUACGUUUCGGUAAACGAACCUACGAUCGACUACGGCUUCCAAAGGUUACAGAAACUCGUUCCGCGGCACCCCGGUGACCCCGAAAAGCUUCCGAAGGAGAUAGUGCUGAAGAGGGCGGCGGAUCUAGCGGAAGCCAUUUAUAGUAUGCCCAAGAGUGGAAACAUGGGGAUCGCGGGGGCACCACGAAGUCCGGGUUCAGUGCACGCACCCGCACCUCCCACAUCCAGUUCGGCAACGGCCUUUAAUUCGUAUACGGGGCAACUUGCGGUGACAGUGCAGGAAAAUGGUAGUGCGGCAAAAUGGACAGACGACGGUAGUUCCGUGACGACAGGGGCUGCUGCCGACGGCGGAGGCGGCGGCGGCGGCGGUGGUGGCGGCGGUGGUAGUGGCGGCAGUGGUGGUAGUGUCGGAGCUAACGUCGGCGGUAGCGCCGACGCCUAUAGACAAAGCAGCAGUGCAAGUCCACGUGGUGUCGUAACCGGCGGUGGUUAUUGCGGUAGUUCAGCCAGCACACCACACAGUCACAGUACUAACGGAAGUUAUUCCGUCGCCAAUCCGUACACCGGCAGCCCUACUCUCUAUACCUCGCGACUAGGAGAGGUGGUCGGAUCACCAUUCAACAUGAACCCAUUUAUGUUGCCCACUUGCAACCAAGGAUACUCAGCCGCUGCCAGUCCGCUGCUUUCAUCAAACGGCAAAUAGUGCUACGAGAUGUAAGCUUCGACGAGAAUGUCAUGGACCAUUAGCCUCCGCGGAGAUAUUGUACGUUGAUCCAGAGCGAAUUAGUAUAUGCGACCGCAUCUAAAUAAUUAUCCAGAUAAUCGCAUAAACAAUAUCGGAUAAUUAUCGCAUCGGCGUACGUACAUUGUCUUUGCGGAUUCGAUUUAAGCACUCCUUUUUCCUUUUUGCUUCUUUUGCGGUGAAAAGGAAAAAAGAUUAUAUGCGGCAUCAUCAUUUUCGUCGGAGUCAAAGUCGACAGUUUCAUAAGAAAUCAGGCAAAUCAGUGCAAAAAUUUGAAACAACUAUCUUGCAAUGAUCACAUUAGUUAAGAAAUGAUACAUAUCGAACAACGAGAAGGUGUUUUUCUAUAAAUCUAAUAGUUCGGUCAAAAGAUGGCUCAAAUAAUUAUUAAAAAGAACUUGAAGAAUAAUUGUGUUUGUCUUAUUUUACAACUGUUCUAAUAAUUUAUAGUUGACAUUAAAUUCUUAUAAAUGAUAAUUUUGAUCAAUUUAUAUCGAUAUUAGGAAAUGUGACUAUAAUACAAUUUGCGCCAACUCCUAUUACACUAGUCUUUUAUCCAAUAUAUAAUAUUGGAUUCAUUAUUUAUAAUUUAUAGAUAAAAAAUUAUUUUGAAAAUAAUUAUGAUAAAAGAUAUUAUUAUUAAUAUAAUAAUCUGUAUUUGAUAUUGUUGACGAGCAAUAUUUAUCACAAAAUAUUUUAAAUCUAUAUUAGACAAACUAAAGAUUUAGUAAAUUGAGAGCCAGUCUCAUGAACCGAACGAGAAAGCUAAGAUGGUAUCAAGUAUUUUAUAUCAUUUAAAUUGCAGAGGCUGAUAAAGAUCGAAAGAAAUUGACACCACUCGACGGACAUAUCGCUUAUUAAUGAAUAACAGAUACCAUAGUUUUAGAGAGCAUUUUCGACUUCGAAAUUUUAACUUCCUACCCCUACAAUUUAUGACUAACCAAUAUCGCCUAGUUAGCGUAAUGUGUAACGUAAUUUGUACAGUAUCUGUAAAUAUUGUUGCGAUGUACAAAAAGAAAACUAUUUCCAGGAAUCCAACGAAAUGACAUUGAAGUCACUCUAGAGUGAAAAUUAUUAUAAAUAGAUGUAAAUAAACGUAGAAUAUACGUAGCGCAUCCGUAUAAUUACGUCGGCGCCAUCCAAUUUUUUAACGUGAUCCCGAUCAGGAAUGCACGCGUUUACGUCUACAUAUCCAUUUCGCGGACGAAAAAUUGAAUUUGUUGCAAUCCGUUCCAUUCUUCGCUUUAAAGCAAAAUCUAAAUAAAUGACCAGUAUCCGGCAAGGAAAUCAGGCAAAAAAAACGUUAAAAAGUUGGAUCGAACGUGCGACCUGUAUAAAACGUAUAGUUGAUUUGGAUCGUUUGAUAAGCCGGCCCGAAACAAAUCUCAUACAACUCACGAAAGUAUACGAAGCAUAUACCGGAUUGAAAUUCCCAGUUAGUCCAAAACUUUUGCAGCAGUUUUACGAGCGUAGAUCGUAUCAUUUGUCAAAACGAAAGAUACCGUUAAAAGUUAUUAUUAUGAAGAGUUCCUUUUUGCAUAUCGAGAGACUUAGCAUGUACUUUUCUUUUAGGAAGUGCAUUCUUCGUCCCGGAGCCGAGAGCUCUGUGAUCUUGUGAUGUUGAUUAUAUAUAUACAUACACCUACAUACAUACAUAUAUAUAUAUAUAUAUGCGUAUAUGUAUAGUAUAUGUAUGUAUGUAUGCAUGUGUAUAUAUAUAUAUGUAUAUGUAUAUGUAUAUUGAUUGUACCUUGGUUCAAUCACGUCACGUCAUCUUUUAUGAGACGCGUUGUUCUUGUACGCACGCGAAGACACAAUACGCACACUCGCGCGUAUAGACACACUCGUCGGUGUAUAUUGAAAUAAAUUAAACUUACUUUUUGAGAAUUAAAAAUCUUGAUGAUAGAAAA